GGCGAUGAGCGAAGGCGAAGACGACGCCAGGCCCUGCAUAACGGGCUCCGCCCUGACGAGCGCCUUUAAGAGAGACGGGCGGCACGUGACCAGGCCCCUCCUCUCUCUCCCGCACACACACACACACCUGUUUGUAGGAAGGAGGGAGGAGGAGGAGGGAGGCGGCCACGGAGGGAGGCAGGGUUAAAAAAAAAAAGCCAAAACAACGCAACGCAGAGGAGAAAAUGCCGCGCGGCUUCGUUCCCAAGUCCCGCGCAGGCGCGCUGGUAGCAUUCUGCCGGGACUGGCUUAUCCAAAAUGGCUGCUGCGAUGGAUGUGGACACACCGAGUGGGACCAAUAGUGGUGCCGGCAAGAAGCGCUUUGAAGUAAAGAAGGUGAGAGGGCUGUGACGGCCGCCGGGAUUCGGGGCCGCGCCAGCGGCGAGAGUAUUGGUGGCAGGGGCUAGGCCUCAUUCUCGCCGGAGACCGGUUUCUCUCCUUUCGUUUUAACGUACUGUAUGGGGGGAAAGGCGUGUGAGGGAGGCCCUGCGAGCGACGAGGGUCGUCUUUGGCCCAAGGGCCGAAAGAGGGUUUGUAACAGAAGAAAGCGAGCGCAGGCAGUAAACAGGUGGGUUGUUGUUAUCACCUGGUGGCACAGGGAGGCCUAGUUUCCGUGAACUCUACUCGCAUGUCCCAUUUGAGAGGGAGUUGUCGUUACUGACACUUCUGUUCUCUUUGACUUGAGCUACAUGUAGUGGAGUAAGUCAACCUUGUGGGGAGGGAGGUACGGCGGGAUACGCAUCUUUAUUUUGAAGUUACCAGAGUCAUGGAGGAAGUGAUGAAAGCGUCAGCAAGCUGGCUCUUCUAUAACUCAGUUAUAGUUCAGGCCAUUGAAUAGUUAGCUAGUUCCUAAUCUCUUUAGAACUAGUUAAUGUAGUUAAAAAGAUAAUUAUAACACUACUGGUUCAUAAAAGUGGCAGGAGCAAGUUAAACUUGUCAUUAUGAAGUGUGGCUUGCUGUCACUUUACCCAGUUUUGAGAUCUUCAGUUAUCUGAAAGUACUAUUCAGGAGGGAAACCCUGUCUCAGUUGUAGGGAUUACUGCACACACAAAAAAUCCUAGUGAUUUUCCUAAAAAUUGUUAAUACUAUAGGUUGAACUAUAGUGUUCUUUUUCAUGUCUUAAUAGCCUUUCACUUGUGGCCCAGGUACAAAAAAGAAAAUCACUGUCAAUACUCGGCCCUUGCAGGCCAUUGAUAGUGAUUCUCCGACAUGCUUGGGUACUUGCUUUGUUUUACUUGCAUUCUAUGAAAAUAACAGGCUGUAAUCUAGGCCAUGAUAUUUCCCCAUUACAAUUCAGCUGCAUAAAGUGAUUAUUUUUUUAAAAAGUCUGUGCAUAGAAAACUUAACUACAGCAUUGGAUGAAGUUCAAAGCCAUCUCUCUUAAGCAAACUGACCUGUUUGUGAUGAGCUCCUUGGUAGGCUAUAAAUGUGCAUUGGUACUGGGGUUGAAUAAUUCUAUUGCUAAUUCUAUGGAUGAAAAGUUAAUAUUUGAAUCGAAAGGAAUGAUUGCAAGGAACGGAGAAAGUAAUUUCAUUCAAAAAUUAUUGGUAUGCAUUUCAGAUAAAUGUCUUUUAUUCUUGUAGUGGAAUGCAGUUGCACUCUGGGCUUGGGACAUCGUGGUUGACAACUGUGCCAUUUGCAGAAACCAUAUUAUGGAUCUGUGUAAGUACCUGUAGAUAGAGGUAGGAGGUAAGCAGUAUAUGUAUGGUCAGGUUCAUGGCAAAGUGAAGGGAAGUGAUGAAGGAAAUAACUUUGCAGCUGUCCCAGUGACUCUUGAUGAAUUGUGAUGUUAGGUUACAGAGAUGGAGUUAGGGCAGCAAUUACAAUUACAACUACAUCUGUAAUGUAAAUUUAAACAAGUUGUACUUGUUUCCUCCUAGGAACCCUAUUUAUUGUGGUGUCAUAGGCUUCAGAACUCUCUUCUUUAUCCCCAGACCCUCACUGAACUGAACUUCCUUAUGUAGUGGCAAAAACCAUGACUUCAGAAAAGAAAAUACGGUCAUAAAAUUAAUUUAGCUUCUUAGAUCUUAUAGAAAUACCAUUCUGGUAUGUUAACUGUUAAGUGGUAUAGAAAUUCCUAUAAAUAAAUUAUUAAAUUUUAAAUCAAGCUCUUCACCUGUUUGAAUGGUCUUUGUAUACUACAGUGCUUGAUUUGAUAACAAGUGGGUUCUGCGUCUAGGACAGGGGUCGGCAAAGUUUGUGGCUUGGGCCGGUUCACAGUCCCACAGAUGCUGAGGUGGGCCGGAGUGCGCGCAUGCGCAAACACUAUUUCCGGCACUCCUUCUGGCAUGGAGGAGGCGUGCACAGCUUUCCAUUGGCUGCAGGAGCUUCCUGCAGCCAAUGGAAAGCCGGCAAGUGUCGCGGAAGGUGGUCCCCGCUCUGCUCCGCGCCGGUUUAAUGCAGUGCACGGGAGCCGACUGAGCGGGCAGCGGGGGUCCAUGGGCCGGUUAAAUUACCCCUAUGGGCCGCUUGUGGCCCAUGGGCCUUAGUUUGCCAACCCCUGAUCUAGGAGAAUCCUCUCUGUAUCAGACUAAACGUUUCCCAUAAACUUGAGAAGCAACCCAACAUGGAUGCUGAUGUGUGAAGUUAGGUGUGUCUAUUCACUCCAGUGGGCUCAUGCUGCAUAUGACUAAUACUGGAUACAACCCUGUGCCUCCAAUAAUGCUCAACUCAAGAAUGUCAUUUUAGACCCAUCACAGCUAGUGAGGGUGAGAGAUUGUGCUUUGCUACCUCACAGUAGCCUAGUGGAGGACAACUUUAUUCCCCAACCUGUGCUGAGCUCACAAGCCCAUUCCAGUCCCAGCAGUUGUGGAGGAAGGGAAUCUGUUCACCCCACUGUGGCGGACAGUGGGAAAACUUAUAUCACUUGCUGCAUACUUAGUUGACUGGCUUUUAUAAAUUUGUCAUUCUGCAGCCAUUUCUGUCAUGAUAUAACAAAGAUGGAAAUUCAAGAGUUUCUCUUAAUGGACUUAUUUAAAUUGAAUGUUCUGUUGUAAUUUGGAUUGGAUUGUAUGUUUUCAAUAUUCACUGAUGAAGCUGCAUAUUAAUGUGUGCCUCCUUGGAAAGGCUUCAGUCUUGAAAGGUAGCCUAGAAAUAUUUGAAUGAAUAAAAAAUGUGAUACUGAACUUCCCUUGUCAAUGUACAGUACCGCUGCCUCCUUUCUGAUGUUCUAAAAUACCCACAUUUGACCGACAACUUACAUUGUUUUUCAUCUACUAGAGUCACUUGCUAUGAAUCAUGUUAAUUCAUGUACAUAAAUCUUGUUCUCACAGGCAUAGAAUGUCAAGCUAACCAAGCAUCAGCUACCUCCGAAGAAUGCACUGUUGCAUGGGGUGUCUGCAAUGUAAGGAUUCUAUUCUUCAACUGUAACAAAGGCUGACUCUAUUCUACUUUCAUAUCAGUCUAGGAAACUACCUAGAAGUAUAUUUCAUCAAGAAGUAAAGUUUAUGGUAUCAAAGUCAUGGAGACUUUGAGAAAACAAGGGUCAAAUGAAAUACAAGGCUGAGAUGUGAAACAGUGUACAGGGAUAGUAGGAUAAUAAGAAUAUAAGAAUGAAGAGGGCACAUGCACCCUGUCCUCCUUAACUGUCUUUGCAGGAAGGUAAUUGGCAUUGCUUCUCAAACAAUUAUGACCUGCAAAUUGAUCAAUCAUCACAAAAUACAUAAUGGCUUACUUGAUCUACUUAGAGUGUAUUUUUAAUCUUCAGGAACGAGUUCCCACACUUACAUAGGCAAAAUGGCAGCACCCAUACAUAAGAGGGAAGUAUCAGCCAACUCAGUACAGGAGAACCAUGAGGUUUGCAGAAGUACUGGAAAUCUUUAGAAGAAGGAACCAGUAUAGUCCAUUGGAGGACUGGGCAUGCUCAAUGGGCAUGGGAUUAUGGCUGAAAACAUCAGAAAACUAGGUCAGAGGAAGAAUGGAAUAGAGUCGCUGGAAAGGAGGAGGGAGUAAGGGACAGAUAUUAAAAGGGUGAUGAGAACAUUCAUUGCCCGGAUAGGUAAUUUCCUGGUUCACAGAUGUCCCAGUAUAUGGAAUUGAGAGCUGCCAGUAGAAAUAACUGGUGAAAGCCAAGAUUUUAAAGGAACUGGGAUUGGGUACAAGUAUGUCUACUCCACCACCACCUCCAAAAUGCAAAAGGUAACAGCAAAGAGUUCCUGCUCUUUAUAACUCAGUUCUUUUUUAGUAUGAAACAUUUUUAAAAAUCCAAAGUCAAUGUAGUUCAUUGUGCUCAUGUUACUGACUGGAAUAACAAGGGAAAGUGAUUUAUAAUAGCUCUGAAGUGUAAUUCACAUUGAAUGCUACAGUUCAGUGACUUCCAGCAAGCCUGCAAUGGUAUCCAGUCAUAUGGGACUCCUAUUGCACAUAUAGUUUUACCCCCACAAUAUCCUCACAUUACAGGUUAGACGGAAUAUAGUAUUCAGUGGACUUGCUGUAUCAUACCUCUACUGCAGAUCAGAAGGCUGUGCUUAAAGAGGGUAGCUUUCCAAAGCUUUGCAAUGUAAUCUACUGUUACUAUUGCAGGUCAGAAAUGAAGCUGCACUGGUUUGAAUUCCCAAAGGAAAAGCCUUUUAUCUACCAGCUUCCAGCAAUGGCCAAUCUGUUUAAGUGUUAUCAGACCACUUAUUUGCAUGAAGAAGCCUUAUGCUCUUUUGACUUGUAUGCAGACUGGUUGCACUUUAAAAUUAUUUAUACUGUAUAUGAAGUUAGAGCAGGGAAUCUUGUCCUUUGAUGCUAGUUUUUGAUUUUUUCGCCCUCUCCCAUGCACAGCACAAGACAUUUUAUUAUGGGGCCCUACUUGUUAUAAAUUUCACAUGGAAGAGGCCCAAAUUAUGUACAUACAUUGCAAUUUUUUUAAGAACUUCAAAGUUUUUUGCAAGGCCAUAAUCUCCAAAGCAACUCUUAAAGAAUACAUAAGGGAACCAGAUGCUCAGAUACAGAUUUCUUUAUCAUUUUCACUGCUGCUGUUUCAGUUAUGAGGAAAGCAAAUACUCUCUUUUAAAAGCAGCUUGCCUUGUUGACUCUGAAACCUGAAGCAUUGAAAACUGCAAAGAAGGUUCUGUUUGUGCGUGUUCCCAUACAUAUGCUGAAAUAUCUACUCUAGCUUACAGCAAAGCGGUGGUAAAACGUAAAAAGAAUAGAAUUAAAAGUAAGUAGAUUCAUAUGAUAGAACAAAAACUUGUGACUAUGAGGAGAGAAGGGUAGAUGUAAUGUAGGUUACAUUUUGUCUGUUUUCACUGUGAAAGCCUUUCUCAGACGCUUUCUGUUUCCCAUCUUUUUUAAAGUCAUUAUUUGUUGUUGUUUUAAAGCUGCUUUAAGGUAGCCCAAAAUUCUGUUGUGUUCAGCAAGCACAAGUUUGUACAGAAAACCAAUGUAGUAUUUUCCUUUCUGACUAGUUAACAUUUAUAGAUUCCCCUGGUUAUUUAUAUAGCUGUGCUCACUGAAACUGUUUCACAUUCUACAAUUCUGGAUGUUGACUGUCUUCUGCUCUCUGCUGUUAUCUCAUCAUUUCCUAAUAUAACUUACUAAAUUGCAGUGCACCCAGGUUGCAGCAUGCUGUUUGAGUAAUUUGGGCUUUCUUUUUUCAGCAUGCUUUCCACUUCCAUUGUAUCUCUCGUUGGCUUAAGACUCGGCAGGUGUGUCCAUUAGACAAUCGAGAAUGGGAAUUCCAGAAGUAAGUAUCUUAUGCCUUUUGUUAGCAAGGGGAGUAGAGUUAAGCAUCCAUGCUAUACCCCUUAAUUCAAAACAGACAUUCUCAAUGUAGUUACAGCUCACCUUGAAUCUGAAACAGGAACUUCUGCCUCCCACCACUGCAUCUGCCUUACAAAGAUAUAGAUGAACAAGUGCAAGUUAGCAUAGUUCUUAAUAUCCCUUUAGACAGCAGAGAAAGGUGGCAUUGAUUGAAAGCAUAGUUUACAUCUCAUUGCAUGAGCAGUUUGGGUUUUCAAAUCCAUUUAAAUAGAGCUUCCCUUCUACCAAGGGAUCUGUUCAGUGUUCCCUUUUUUUAAGACACACUGUUGUUGAUCAAGUAUAUUUUAAUGGAAAACUUGGCAUGUUGAGCACUGAUUUGCUAUAAAGAACCAAAGAGCAGCAUUAAAAUACUGGUCUCUGUCUUAAAGUUCUGACUAGGUUAGCUGGACCUAUUACUAUUUCUGGCCAAAAGCAUGUUAUAUUAGGUGACAUGUGCAAGCUCACUGCUUGUAGUAAGAAGCAUGUGGAAUUUGUGUAAUAUCAGGAAAUUGUCCACUUUGUCUAUGUUAUAGUUACUUAUUUUUUUGCAUUACGCAAAUACUAAGGUAGGCUUCCCCUAUUAAACAUUGCCCCCUAAGUACUUUGAGAUAUGAAUUAAUAAGACUGAAUCAUCUCUUCACUCUGCAAAAGUGUCAGGUAAAUGUAGUUCUGGAGUAAAGAGUAUUUGCUUAGUAGAGCUGUGGUGGCAAACCUAUGGCCCUCUAGCAGUUGUACUCCAAUUCCCAUCAGCUCCAGCCAGUAUGACUAAUGGUCAAGGAUGAUGGAAGUUGUAGUCCAGCAAUAUAUGGAAGACCAGAGGUUCCCUAGCCAUAUGCUAGAGGAUUUGUGUAGGUCUGCUACACAUAUAAAUUCUGAGAUAUGCCCUGUGCUCAUACACACACCCCCUGAUUAUAUGUUGGGUCAGUUGCAAUAGACAGUUACCAGAUGUGAUAGGGGUAUGGUGUCUGUUUCCUACUGAUUCAUUGCUUUUUAAAUCUGAUCACCAUCUUUGUAAUAGCAGAAUAACCAGCCUGUACAGAUUAAGUGAACUUAAAGGUGGUAUUGGCACAUCUCUGGCAUGUUAUCUAGACUUGAUGGUCUCCAGAUUUGCAGAUAGUGUUCCAUAGAUUCUACAGCUAGCCAACUUCAGAGUGUAUUUAAAAGCUGAUUAUGCACUGAUAACUGCUGCUGAGUUCUAAAACGAGAAUAAAUUUCUUUCUAGGUAUGGGCACUAGUAGGAGAGAGAAGACCACCAAGUUUAUUGUUCUGUCUUCAGAUAAGCCUUUCAUCUUUGCAAGCAGGUUGAUGAAGUCUGUGUAACUUAAUAGACACCUACCUUGCUUUUUUUUCACCUUAAAAUAGUUAUUGUGAAUAGUAAUAAACAUGUUUGUCUCCUGUCUGAUAA